AUGGCACUCCGCAACGGGAACACUGACUUGCCCAAUGCCAUCGACUCUGUGGACUGGAACAGACUCAUCACGCACAGCAGGCCUGCUGAAAAGGAACCCAAGCGACAGAAGGUGGAGGCAGAUGCCUCACCGUCACCCACGGCAAAAGAGGACAAGGAAGCUCCGAAGCCAGUGGAGGCCUCGCCCUCCCCGAGCCGGCCUUCCGCACCCGCCCCGCCGCGGCCCGGGGAGAUCAAGCGGCCGGCGAUGCGAAAGCCGCCGGAGCCAAAGAUCACCAAGGACGAAUGGGGCCGUGAUGUGGUCUCUGAGACGCAGGAGCAAGAGAAGGAAGCGUGGCAGUGA